AUGGAUAUCCCCAUUCAGUACCCAUGGUACCGCCGGGCCUACCCGUAUCGACGCGGCGACCUGUCCUUCGUCGAUUCCCUCACCGACUGGCCUCUCGUCUGGCCUUUCCCAUGGUCCUUUGCUUGGAUGCGCCCAAGUUUCAUGCGCUGGUUAAACUGGCCUGAAAAUGGUCACAGUGAGAUGCAUGUGGAAAAGGAUCGCUAUGUGAUUUAUCUGGACGUGAAGCAUUUCUCACCGGAUGAGCUGAGCGUCAACGUCGGCGACGAGCACAUCACAAUACACGCCAAGCAUGAAGAUCGACAGGACGACCACGGCUACGUGUCCAGGGAGUUUCUACGGAAGUACAGGCUUCCUACCGGAGUGUCGUGCGCUGAUAUCUCCUCCAGCUUGUCCUUCGAUGGCGUGCUGACAAUCACCGCGCCCAGAUCUUCACCUGGCCCCGAGCGUAACAUCCCAAUAUCCUGUGAGGAUGGAACAGCCAAGCAGAAAAUGUAG